AUGCUCUUAUCUCGAUUGAUUUCCGCUCAAUUGUCCCUUUUCUUCGCCCAGUACGUUUUGGCUGCAGCGCCUGCACAAACACUCACCGAUGAUGGCAACGGAAAACAAAUCUAUGUUCCACAGCCUGGAACCACAUCCAGCGUCGCAUCACCCGAAUAUACACCAACUCUAGUGUACAAUUGCGCUCAGAUGCCACUGAUUUGUGAGAAUGUCGCAGCAUGGGCCAAAACCAACAACAACGCUGGAGGCGAUAUACCGGCAAAUAACCUCUUUUUAUAUUUCGAUCCAGACGCAACAAACAAAAAUGCACGCCGACAGCUAGCCUGUGGCUGUUUUGAUCACGAUGGCUGCGAUGGCUCAGGUACCUCCGGUACUUCCAAAGGUAAAAGGACUGGGGACAAAGUCACUGAUAUAGCAACUUCCGCUGGCCCCUUUGCCAACAUCCCACCUACCGCUGCGGCAAUCAUAAUGGCAGGUCCGAAUCCUCCAUCGGGCGGGAACAGGCAACCCUUGAAUUCAAUUCCAGGUCGGUUCUUCGCCUUCGGAAUUGGUAUGACAUGCGAUGAAUUCCCUGCCGCGCCUUUCAUAGAGGGCGGUGCCAACGCAGAGACAAUUUGUGCCCUCCAAAGCUGGCAAGUAUAUCAGGGAAAGGCAACUAGCCAAAAUAAUCAAGGGAAAUGGCCGUUGACCCCCCAAGAAGGGAAACGGUCGGAGCAAGAUUGGCAAGCUCAAGCUCAUGUAUAUCUACGCCAAGCAUUCGGCAUUCAGAACAGGAGAAACCCCAUCGGAUUGGGGACCGUCUGGCCAUUCUCUUUCACAACUACCACCGAUUCGGUAGCAACCUCUAGCAAAGCCUGGGUCAUAGUCUCUGGCCCAGCAACAAGUGUCGUUACUAAGCGAGAUCUCCCACCAGUAACCAUUGCUGUGCCCACUGCGACCAAUUUAGCAGUGACUGGCGACGAAAAAAUUGACGCUCGAGCCCUUCAUGACUUCGGGCCGCGUGCACCAGAACCCGAUCCCAAUAGCCCUACAGGCGUCAGACUCGCCGUCCGCACUGCCAGCCCUAUACAAAAACGCCGCAACACCGGAUUCCUGAUGGUCCGCGCAAACGUAUCAUCCACGCCAGCAGCAGACUGUACCAUCGACUUUGAUACCCAAGGCCUCGAAGACACCGAUGUAGGCGACCCAGGCUUCGACGACCUCCUCCCCCAAUAUCAAUCCAAGCCCAUUUGCGAAGGGGGUAAUUCCGAGGUCUCCGACGUACAAGCUGCAGAUACCUGGCUCGACAGCCAAGGCAACGACUGGGACUAUGGCAACUGUUGUGGUGGUGGCAUCGGCGACGGCUCUUGCGGACCCAUCCUCGUGCAGAAUGGCACCGCGAGCGUGAGUUUGUGUGGAGACACGAACCAGUGCGUUGGGUGCGCACAGCUGGGAAACUACGUGGAGGGGAUCAUAGGAGCCUGUCAGCAGGAUGGCCUGGUGAAUGGUGUGCAAGUGCUUAACGAGGUUGAGGGGUUGAAUAUUUCGGUUUCUUUGGUUGAUGGUUCGUAG